UAGGGCGGGGUAAAGACAGGUAAUAUUAUUUUUUCCAUACCCCAUGCGUGGGCGAAACGUCUACAGAGCCCAUCUACAGAAACUAUGUCAAAACAUCAAUCACUCAGUACAGUAAUAGCAUUCGUUUUCACAAGGACGGAUGAGGUAGCUAACAGCUUGUUUUGUAGACAAAAAGAAAAACACACGGAACUUGAAGUACUGUAUGUGAAAAGGAAAACUCAGAAGAAGCCAACGAAUAUUCCAGACCGGCGACACAUGUUUGGAAUAGCAUGAAUAAUGCAGAUGUUUGGUCAACAACACCUAGUCUGCAUUGCAGCAUGGCUAUAUAUCACCAUCAUACAUAUAUAUGCAGAGUCAGCAAUAAGUACUAUACCACCUUCAACAAAAACAAACAUGACAACUGCUAGUGUUUUACACGGGUGUAUAUAUUCUGGUCCAAAAGCUAUUAAGCAUGGGAAGGUACUUUUAACAAGAGGAACAAGUCCAAAUGUACAUACAGAAGACCUGUUUUCGUUAGCAGACAGUGCAUCUGUGAUUUUGAGUCCAGGAGAUAGAAUCUUGUACGUGUGUGAAAUGUCAUACCACCUCAAAUAUUUUGGGAAAUCUGUGUCAGUGUACCGUCGAAGUUGCCUACGGUUAUUUGUGGAUGAUACACUGGAUAUAUAUUACAUGUCUGGAAAGACUGUCGUAGGUGAUCACUAUGCCUGUGUACAAACUGCCUCUGCCACCGCUAGCAGUAAAAGUGAGACAACAUGCAGUGAACCCUAUCUGCGCCAUGGGUAUGUAGUUAGUACAAGCUCAUCAGCAAUCUUUCAUGUUGGAGCACACGUAUCUUUACAGUGCAAUGAUGGCUAUCAUUUAUCUACUGGUGUGAGAAGUGCCAAAGUAAGGUGUCAGGUAGAUGGAAACUGGCUGGACACUGAAGGAAAGGUUCCGGUUUGCACAUCAGUCGAGAAACGUAAGUGCGUAUUACCGCACAAAGAUCCGCAUGGCAGUUACAACGUGUCUGGCAGUGAACUUGGCAGUGAUAAUACCGUCGAUGUAGAUACCGUCGUAAUAUACUUCUGUGACAAGGGAUACAGCUUCGUCGGACACAACACAUCGUCGGCGUCCGAGAUGUCCUUCUGUCUGGCCAGCGGCGAAUGGCUGAGCCAGCCGCCCAAGUGCAGCGCGCUGUGCAGUCGGCCGCCGGACAUACCGAACGGUUUCUGGAAGCCUGCGGCCACCCAGCACGGACACCAGAAAGAACAACAUUACCGCUAUUAUUGUCACGCUGAUUACAUCUUGGUUGGUAGUAGUUACUAUAAGUGCGACAUGGAAAACCACGUGUGGAGUCCCGACACAAUUCCACCACAGUGUUGGCGGAAUUUGAGGUGUAACCCGCCACAUGCUCCUCCACAUGGCAUGUACACGCCGGUGAAACCGCACUACGCACACGGUGAAAUGGUUGUGCUGGAGUGUGGAGAGGGCUACAGCGUGGCCGGCGCCAGCACGAAGCAGUGUGAGCAGAACAGCAGCUGGAGCGGCGGCGCGUCGGGCGAGUGCAUGCCCGUGUCCGCGUGCAGCGCUCCCGCCGCAAUCCCCAAUGGCUGGAUCAUCACCGAGAACGACCAGCACGGCCACAUGCUUGUGCGCUACUUCUGCAACGACAGAUACACCCUCGUCGGCUCGCAGACGCGCACGUGCAUGAGCGGACUGUGGACGGUCGGGCAGCCGUACUGCCAGCGCCAGUACAGCGGCUGGUUCUCGAGCAACGUCGUCAACAAGACGCUCGUCAUUUCGAUCACGACGAGCGUGAUCAUCCUGCUCGCGUUCGUCGUCACGAUGAGCUUCGUGCAGCGCCGCUGCUUCAGGACGGUUCGCAAUUCGAUAUAUCCUCCACAACACAGACGGUGCUUCCCUCUGUGGGAUGAUGUAGAAGAUGAUGUCAGCACGCUGAUGGCCAUACAGGGUUGUCCACCCAGUUAUAGUGAUGCGAUGACGAAUACAGUUUGUCCUCCAGACGAGGUGCCCACGUAUGAGCAGGCGAUCGGCAGCCAUAACGAGCCCCUCAUUAGCUUUCCUCCCGAAUCGCCGGUGCCGCCGUACGACGAGGCCGUGCAGGCAGAUCAUCCUAGUGGGUACGCCAUUCUAAUCAACAUGGCGGCGGUCGACGACGACGACGACCUGAUCGAGAGCAUACACGGUGAGGACGAACCGUUGCUCGUGGGCUGAUCGGCGGCCAUGACGGCACGCAAGAAGCGGACGGACUGGAGAGUAAUAUAUCAUUCGUUGUCGUAAGAGAUUAUUCCCCCAGCGCUGAGCGUGCGCAAUGCUCCACGUGCCGUCGACUGUGUGUUUUGUUGAGUGUGGGGCGUUAGGUGCGCCGGAGCAUUGCAAAUUUAAUGCAAUUAGAUGCAGUCAUUCGUACUGACGUUGCAUGCUUGCUGUCGUACGGCGGUGAUCACUCGUAUAGUGUUGUCCUUCGUAAAGGAAAUGUUCCACCGGGGGUUGAGUUGCGAUUGAAGUAGGCAGGAAGUGUCGGAGUUACGAACGUAGUCGAUUCCCAGAUUUUCUUCGUAAGUGAAUUGAGUGGAAUUCGCGAGGACUCGGCUGGCUUGAGAAGCGUAGGUUGGUUCAUGUGGAUGUCACGGUUUGUAGGUCACAAUAAUUAAUGAAAAAUGGGACAUCGGUUGUAAGAUUGGAAUGCAAGUCACACGUACGUAACUCAUGGGCUUCCUGUUGGUUUGUUGUGGAAUCGAUACGAGUUUAUGUGAUUAAUGAAACAGGUUUCGCUUGCUUAGAUGAGAGAAUUCGUGAGUUAUAGUGAAUGGCUUAUAAUUACUAUAUAUGUUAACUAAAUUAGCCAAUGAAUUAACAUUGAGUUUGACAAUGUAUCGAAGUCACUGUAUAAUUUGUAUGGAUAUAUGUUCAUGUCAAAUCUGGAUUUGUGCACUGUGUUACAAUUGUACAUCAGGAAGCAGCGAAUAUUAGUGUUAAAAGGCACUUUAUUUUUAAGUGCUACAAGUAGGACUUGUAAAUAUAUUAGAUGCGGGUGUAUUGGUGGUGUAAAUUAAUGAAUGCGCACUCACUGCUGGUUUUCUGCAAUAUUAGGCAAGUCAGUUUUCUUGUUACAAGCACUUACUGUAUCGUUCAGUCGAGCGUUUAACCUAGUCAAAGCAGAAAGCUCAAAUAUUGGCUGGCAUGAGAAUCUAGCAGAAGUCUUUUCAGCGCAACGACUGCUCCUUUUAUGGCAUUUAGAUACUGAAGUAAAUACUUAUGUACACAUGGUGUCUAUCAAAAAGCUGCCAAAUCUUUACAGUGUAGUUUGGACGUGCCACCAACGACCUGUUUAUUCAUUUCCAUAAUAAAGGUGUAGGAGUAAUACUUAAUAUAAGUCUUACGAGAUAUGCCUCUAAAAAUAUGUUAAAAAUACAAUAGUGGAAUUCGAUGAUUCACCAUAUAUGACUGUAAGGGGCAUUGUAGUAUAUACCUCAUUGACAUUCCGGUGAUGUUUGCAUUUAGUAUGAAUUCUUCUACUGUGGCUUGUCAGUAUGAGCCCUAGGAGUUUUGUGUAUAAAGGCAAACGAGUUGAAAUGCACAAUUCGAACAGCCAUGCUGAGAACAACGUGUUUGCAUGAAAACAAGGUGCCAGUUGUGAUCAGCAAGGUGGUGUUAAAGUUUCAUUCGUUAACCAUGACUAUCUACCCUAACGGUUGAUUGACCUAUAAAAUGCGUCCACGCAUCGUGUGAUGGCAUUUAUUUGAACGUGUGUUCUGAUUUUUGUUUGUUUAACCCAUUUGGUAUUCUGCAGGGAUGCAUUUCUGUGUGCUUUGUCUUAUACAUGCACGUUCACACACAGAAGUAAUACCAAUGCCAUGCACGUGCACAUGCGCACCCUCACGAACGUUCAAACAGCAGUGGGUAGUCAAUAACAAUAAUGCUAGCAUAAUCAUUAUUAUGUUUCAAUUCUGCUAUACUUAUGCAUGUGUUUGCAUAGGGAUAUGUAACGAAUUUCAGUAUAUUUUCAUGCUCCGUAGUAUUUUAUUAUGUUCUAAUUUUAGUUGUUUAACUUUUAAUUUAGUCAGCUCAUUUUCCCAAUGUUGACAGCUCUUUUACAAACGUACUGACCAUGCUCUACGACUGUCUAAAAUCUCACCAGGACAAUAAAAUAUGCAUGUACAUAUUAGGCUACUCAUUUUCUUAUACAGGAUUUAUAAAGAUGGUUUCUUCUGGCUAUUGAAGCUAUUUAGAGUAUAUUACCUUCGUGCUAUUCUAUUAAUGCAUUCCUUUGUCUUGCAUUGUCUAGAUAUUAUUGUCUCGUAUGAUAUGCUCUCAAAGCAAAUUAUUACCACUGCUUCUGCUCAGAAGUGCGAGUAGUUUUCAAAAACUAAAAUAGUAAUUAAUAUUUGAGCGCCUACCAUAAUGUAGACGAGGCUUAUUGUAAACGGAGUAUUCCAUAUCAACAUGGCAAAUUCAUUAACCCUCGGGAAUGGAAGCCCACGACAAAAUGUAAAAUAAGAUUUGUCAUCUAUGAUAAAACUGUGAUAGUGUAGGCGGAUAUCGAAAAAGCCCAAAUGGGUUUGAAUCUUGUAGAAAACAUUUAGCAGUGUUGUGGUUCAUAAUCAACUUAUAUAGGCCUACCAUUACAUAAUACACAAAUAAAAUGUUUAAAAAAUUCAUACAACAA